GGUUACAAGCUCUCCAAUUCCACGCACUGCGAAGAUAUUGAUGAAUGUCAAGUGUGGGGAACGUGUUCGCAAAGUUGCUUGAACUUCGAAGGAUCGUACAAGUGCGAAUGCUACCAGGGUUACACCAAGGAUCUGACGAACCCGAACAAAUGCCGAGUUUCCGAAGGCGGUAAUCCAGAACUCAUGUUCGCCAACGUCGUGGACAUUCGAAAAUUGCAGUUGAACGGUGACAGUUCAGUCAGUCGUGACAUGGCACUUGUUGCCGCGGAAACCAGGUCCGCAACCGCACUGGACUACGCUCACAAACUCGGCCUGGUUUUCUGGAGCGACGUGAACGACCACAGAAUUUACAGGACCAAAAUGGGCGACCCCGUUUCCAAGGUUCCGAUCAUCACCCAGGACAUUGAUAGAGCUGAUGGAUUAGCCGUUGACUGGGUUCACGAGACUCUCUACUGGACUAGUUCGGGAAAAAAUAAGAUUGAAGUUUCGCGGUUGGAUGGCAGUGAUAGAAAAACUUUGUUCCGCGGAGAAGCUGGGGGUAAACCAAGAGCGAUCGUCGUUGUGCCUUCCAUUGGAUGGUUGUAUUGGUCAGAUUGGGGUAUGAAACCCAGGAUUGAGCGCUUGGGCAUGGACGGAACCCACAGGGAAAUAAUUGUGCGAACCGGUUCUGGUAUCGAGUGGCCCAACGGAUUGGCGGUGGAUCAAAUAGGAUUGCGUCUGUUCUGGGUUGACGCCAAGUUGCACCAAAUCUCAUCUUCGAAUCUUGAUGGCUCAGACAGAAGGAUUAUCAUGGACAACGCUGAGUUCCUGCUUCGGCCUUUUUCGAUCUCAGUUUUCGAAGACAACGUGUUCUGGUCUGACUGGGAGAAGAGAGCAAUUUUCAAGGCUUCAAAGUUCAAUGGAUCCGACUUAGUGAAACUCACACCCGAGCAAUGGGGGGAAAAACCGAACGUCAUACAAGUCUAUCAUUCGCAUCGACAAAUGGAGUCUCUGAACUUUUGCGGGGACUUCAACGGCUACUGUUCUCACCUUUGUCUGCCUGCGCCGCAGUUCCACGGCGAUGGCGCCUGGGCCCUUUCGUUGGCAUCGAAAAACUCCCUGGACUCGUCCCAAAUGCACGUGAAAUCCCUGCGGAGAAAGCGUUCCAUGGCUAAGAGUGGCAGCAGCGUCAACCACGCGGAAAAGUUGAGCGGAUUCCCGCAAUUUGUGGGACCGAAGAAGUACUCGUGCGCGUGUCCCGACGGGUUGCAGCUCGAAGGCGACUUUCAGUGCUAUUUAGACGGGAAACCCGUGAACCCCGUAUCGAUCCCCUUUGCGAACGCGGUGAAUGGGAUCAAGGUGCAGCCUGAGGAUGAGGACGGAGAUGAUGAGGACGGGGUCGUGGACCGAAUCCCGGACUCGAACCUGCUCAAGCCGGAUUACCUGGCUUCUUCGUCCAUGUCGGGCACGGGGGAACAAGUCGUGGCGGGUGUGUCUGGGUCGACGAUUGCCUGGAUCGUGUGUCUGGUUGUCUUGGUCACCAUGGCCCUGUGUUCACUAGCGUUCGUUGCGGUGUAUGAGUUCAUUUUGCGUCCCAAACAUGGAAUUGAAAUCAACAAUCCUGCUUACAUGGUGAACCGAGAAAGCGUCUCCAUUGAGCAAUCAAGUGAUGGCUCCCCCACAUUGGUGCGAAAAUCUUACAAAGGAGAACAUUCACUCGAGACAUUACAACCAUUGAAUCGGGCUAGCAAUGAAAUUGUUUAACUCGUCGGGUCUCCUUCGUCAGUCCAGAUGGAGGCGGAAUGAUCUCAAGACGUGCAAUACGCGGGAUAUUUUAGGGUAAUGAAAAAUUCUGUCUCCCUUUUAUUUUUGUUGGAAAAAUAUCGAGAAUCCUUCGAGUUUCCCUCGGGGGGGUUACACGGCAAUUUUUCUGCUGUUUUCUCUUUUUUUUUUUUCCUGGCGUUAUUGGAAGUAUUUAUUUUAUGUUUUCGAGAAGGAUAUUUGAUUUCAGCCAGUUGACUCUGCCAAUUCGUGUCCGUGUCUCGCGUUUUGUCCUCGUGUUUGGAAGCUUGUUUUUUGCUGUGUUAAGAUCUUGAUUUUGCGUCCGUCCUAAAUUAUCCCUUGCAUUUUUUGCUCUCUCUUUUCCUUCUAUCGAACUACUUCUAGUUUCUUGAAGUGAUGGAUUUUUUUGGCUUUUGAAAGGCUCAUUUUGUUGAACGAUCAACCGGUGACGGUACAAGGGAAAUUUUGAGAACGCGUCGGUAGGUGAUAGCUACUCAAAAACCCUUUUUCCGGGAGUAAAACGCGUAGUUUUUCCCCCUCAAGUGAAAUCCAGAAGAGUCAAGUAUGGCUUUAGUUUGUGAUCGCAUCAAGCAACUCCGUGAACCGAGAGCGGGAGAUGUAUGACGUAUUCCAUCGCCUCGAGUCCUUUGAACUGAUGAUGAUGCGAACCCGGCUUCCGUACCUCAUUAAAAAAAAAAGGAAAGAAAAAAAGCUUCAGCGAAAAAUUUCCGGAUGAGAAGUGAUUUUGCUUUAUGAAGAAAAAAGCGUCGCGAGAGUUCAGAGUGUGCUCACCUGUUUUCUUUUUGUUUUGCGUUUGCUUAUUUUAAUUUUUUUUUCUUGGGUUGCACGUGGGGAAAAGUGUGAAAUCAUUUCGACUGUUCAUUAUGUGUUCAUCAGAGUUGAGGUUCGUGUCUCACUUUCUUUGGGCCUGAUGAAGUUUUAAGUUGAGGCCACGCGUGGAGUUUCUCGUUUGUCCUGGGCUUUUAUUUUAUUUAUUUUCUCGCAGUCUUUUUUUUAAUUUAUCAGUUUUGAUUUUUUUUUGCCCUGCGUAUUUGUUUUGUUUCAGUCGCCCAGAUCACAAAAACACGCAUAUAUAUUUUUUUGGAACUUUUCAAGAAUUGAUUGGCCUGGAGCAAAUGCGUUUUUAUACGAAGGAUACCGAGUGUUGGAUGUGUUGAAUAUAAAAACUCGAGCAGUCAAACAUA